GGGAUGGAGCCGCCUCAUCGCGGCCGGGAGCCGCUGCUUGACUCGUCGCUGGACAGCUGCUCGCUGACCUCGCUGGAGUCCAGCGUCUUCUGCAGCGAGGGCGAAGGGGAGCCCCUGGCUCUCGGGGACUGCUUCACGGUCAACGUGGGCGGCAGCCGCUUCGUGCUGUCGCAGCAGGCUCUGUCCUGCUUCCCGCACACGCGCCUGGGCAAGUUGGCCGUGGUGGUGGCCUCCUGCCGACGCCGCGGGGCCCUGGCCGCGGUGCCCAGCCCCCUGGAGCUCUGCGAUGACGCCAACCCGGUGGACAAUGAGUACUUCUUCGACCGCAGCUCGCAGGCUUUCCGCUAUGUCCUGCAUUAUUACCGCACGGGCCGUCUGCACGUCAUGGAGCAGCUGUGCGCCCUCUCCUUCUUGCAAGAGAUCCAGUACUGGGGCAUCGACGAGCUCAGCAUUGACUCCUGCUGUAGAGACAGAUACUUCAGAAGAAAGGAGCUGAGUGAAACAUUAGACUUUAAGAAGGACACAGAAGACCAGGAGAGUCAACAUGAAAGCGAGCAAGACUUUUCACAAGGACCUUGUCCUACCAUCCGUCAGAAGCUCUGGAACAUUCUGGAGAAACCGGGGUCUUCCACAGCUGCUCGAAUCUUUGGCGUUAUCUCCAUCAUCUUCGUGGUGGUGUCCAUCAUCAACAUGGCCCUGAUGUCAUCCGAGUUAAGCUGGCUGGACCUGCAGCUCCUAGAAAUCUUGGAGUACGUGUGCAUUAGUUGGUUCACUGGGGAAUUUGUCCUCCGCUUCCUGAGCGUGAAGGACAGGUGCCGCUUCCUAAGAAAGGUGCCGAAUAUCAUAGACCUCCUUGCCAUCUUGCCCUUCUACAUUACUCUCCUGGUGGAAAGCCUGAGUGGGAGUCACACCACCCAGGAGCUGGAAAACGUUGGGCGUCUGGUUCAAGUGUUGAGACUGCUCAGGGCGCUGCGAAUGCUGAAGCUGGGCAGACACUCUACAGGAUUACGUUCUCUUGGAAUGACAAUCACCCAAUGUUAUGAAGAGGUCGGCUUACUACUUCUGUUUCUAUCAGUGGGAAUUUCUAUCUUUUCAACUGUGGAAUAUUUUGCUGAGCAAAGCAUCCCUGACACAACCUUCACAAGUGUUCCUUGUGCAUGGUGGUGGGCCACAACAUCCAUGACUACUGUAGGCUAUGGGGACAUUAGACCGGACACCACCACAGGCAAAAUCGUGGCCUUCAUGUGUAUAUUAUCAGGCAUCCUUGUCUUAGCCUUGCCUAUUGCCAUAAUUAAUGACCGCUUCUCUGCUUGCUACUUUACCUUAAAGCUCAAGGAAGCAGCUGUUAGACAGAGGGAAGCUCUAAAGAAGCUUACCAAGAAUAUAGCCACUGACUCAUAUAUCAGUGUUAACUUGAGGGAUGUCUAUGCCCGGAGCAUCAUGGAGAUGCUACGACUAAAGGGCAGAGAAAGAGCAAGUACUAGGAGCAGUGGGGGAGAUGAUUUCUGGUUCUAAAUUUACUUUUACCUUCUUUACAAGAGCUUGUGUAAAACUACCACAAUUGAUAAAGACUUGAUCAUGGACGUCUGUACACCACUCUUGAGUCUCUUUUGAGUACUACCUGUCUUUGAGUUUGCUAAGACACCAUUUAAUCUUUUAAAACUGUUCAUUUUCUCCCUCAA